GUUUUGCUUCUCUUGUUUACGACCCGACAUGCCUUGGUGUCAGGGAUGCCAAAGGGUGUCAACCUAAGGGGAUCGAUGCCCGGAGCUCGCGUCCUGCCCCCGACAGAACGAUGGGUCACUCAGAAAGUCGAUCAGCUGACGUACACUGACAAGAGGACGUGGCAACAGCGUUACUUUAUCAGUGAAGAACAUUACACAAAAGGUGGACCGAUCUUCCUUAUGCUGGGAGGGGAAAGGGAAGCGAACCCCGCGUGGCUUCAAAAUGGGCAGUGGGUGCGGCAAGCUCUGCAACAUAAAGCCAUGCUUAUUUACCUGGAGCACAGGUAUUACGGCCAGAGCAGACCAACAUCGGAUAUCAGCGUAUCAAACCUCCAGUACCUUACCGUGGAGCAGGCGCUAGAGGACGUGGCAAAUUUCCAACGAUACAUCUCAACCAGCCUCUCACUGGCUAACGAUACCACGUGGAUUGUUUUCGGCGGAUCAUACGCAGGCACCUUGGCCGCAUGGUUUCGGCUGAAGUACCCGGAUCUUGUGAACGCCGCAGUGGCCUCAUCUGCUCCAGUCUUCCCGACAAAAGACUUUAAAGACUACUACGUGACGGCGGCUCUCAGCCUGCUACUUCACGGAGGUGCUGACUGUUACAACACGCUGAUAAACGCCACUAUGACGAUCCUGAACUACACCACGACAGACAGCGGCAGAGAACAGCUACAAUAUAUAAUCACGUUAUGCGAACCGAUGACAACUGUGAAUAAGCAGGACAUUGCUAAUGUGUUCUCCACCAUGGCCUCGUACGUCGGGGAAGUCGUGCAGUUCAACAACGGCGCGCGCCAGUUUGAGGGGAUUAAAGGGUGGAAUUACGGCAUCAAGGAGUUUUGUACAGAUAUGUCUAGUGACGACCCGUACGCCGGUGAUCCGAUUUACCGCUACUCACGCUUCCUGUCCGCGAGACUAGGGAAUUCUGGGAAGACUUGUUUGGAGCACAGGUACAGCCGAGUCCGAGAAAAUCUCAAGGACACGGACUGGGAUAGUGACGUGGCAAAGGGAGAACGACAGUGGCUGUAUCAGUCCUGUACACAGUUCGGAUUUUUCCAGACCUCGGAGUCGAACAACCAGCCCUUCGGCAGCAAUUUCCCGGACAGCUACUUCUUGCAGAUGUGUAAAGACGUUUUCAACACAGAGGACUAUGACCUAGAUGAGGGUAUCUACGAGCUCCAGCAGAAGUAUGGUGGCUACUCCCCCAACAUCUCACACGCCAUCUUCGUCACUGGACAGAACGACCCCUGGGUUAGCCUGGGCAUCACCAAAAACUUGCCCAAUGACGUCACAGCAAUAAAUAUCUAUGGUGCAGCCCACUGUGCGGAUAUGUAUCCCGAUUAUCCCAUGGAUACCGUGGAGCUAGUACAGGCCAGGUUGGAGAUAGACGCCAUUCUAGCGGGCUGGAUCUCCCGACCUUGACCUUUUCGUUUGAUCUCCUGGCCUGGACCUUGGCGUGUGGACACCGCGGGUCAGCCCUGGGAUAGAUGCAAUCAUUUCUCUUUGAAAUUCCCGACCUUGACCUGACAGCACCCUUCACGCUACAUGUCAGCAUGUCAGUCUUGGCCAAAUAAACC